AAACUUGGAGGCAACUAUUCGAACACAAUGUUAUGGCGUCCUCAGAGUCGGUGGAUGUUCCGUAAAUAGACUUUAUUAUCCCCCAUAUAUCAUACCUGACCUUCACUAUUCUAUUGGGCUCACAGAACAAACUUUCAAGGACUAAAGAUGUCGUCCAUUAGUGAUACUUCAACGUGGUUAAAGUUCUUCACUGAAGCAGGCAUCCCUGCUGGAGAAGCAACAAAUUAUGCCAUCAUAUUCACAGACAAUCGCAUAAAACAAGACAUGCUCCUCGAUCUGAAUCGAGAUUAUUUACGGGAUAUGGGCAUCACUGUCAUGGGCGAUAUUAUAGCAAUAUUGAAGCAUGCCAAAGUUUAUUCCGGUCAGUUAUCUCGCCAGAGAGUCUUACAGACCUCGAUGCCACAAGCUUCCCAGCAUGAUACAGGCGCUUCACAUUCAUCUAGUAAGAAAAGUACACCUGCAACAAGAAUGCUAGAGCACUAUGUCCGGAAAGAAGGACCCCCUUCUCCUCCCAACAACUCUAAUCUCUCUCAGAGUUUGUCAGCACGUUUGGGUAGUGGAAUGAAAAGGUCAGUUGAAGAUGACGACUCGUCAAAUACCAACAAGAGGAGCUCGGUAUUCAAUAGAUUAGGUGAUAAUUCUGUGACAAGCACUACCAGUGAAAACCCCAAGAUCACAAUCACGAUGCAUGGGAAGGAUAUCAUUCGCACAGCUACAAGCACCGAUAGUAAUAAAAAAUCAUCACCAUCUGUGUUUGGUAGACUAGGUAACAAGGAUGAUGGUGCAAAUGGGGGUGCUGUUGAGCGUGAACUUAGUCCUGGAAAACCAUUAGAAUAUCAAGGAAUAUUAAAGUAUUCAUCCAACGACAGUUUUGAAAAGCCUAACUUUACAAGGAAGAAGAUUGUAACGGCCAUUUCAGGAGGUACCAAAGUUGCAACUAUGUCUGCAGAUACUACCACAGGUAUCAAGAGCAGAUUGGGACUCCAAAGCUCCACAUUAAUUAGUGCAUGUACAAGCGCUGGAAUAUUUGCGAGAGAGACUGAAGAGGCACGUAAAUCAAAAUCGUCAACCAAACUGACUCUGUCAAGUGGUGGUACUUCCAAUCAGUUGAAAGUUAAGACAUUAUCACCAGGGAGAACAGUAGUUUCAGCAGCUGCCACAUCUUCAUCAAGUUCAUCUUCAGGAAAAAAAUUUGUAAAAAAAAUUGUAAAAGUAAACAAGAAGACUGGUGAAAUUGUGAGUGAAGAAAAGAUACCACUAAAAACUGAUGUCUUUAGUAGACUUGGUAAUUAAUUAUAUUUGACAUAAAACUAAUUAUAAUACAGUAUAUUAAAGAAUUAAGAGUAUGCAUGUAUAUAUAUGGUAUAUAUGUAACUCAAUUGAUUAAGUCACUGCCAUUUUUACUGUGAGCACUUGGAAAGAGUGCAGGGUUGUGCUGUACGAACAAAGUCUCAAGUUCCUAUGGUUGGCAGAGAUUUAAGUUUGGUAUGCUAGAGGGCUUUGGCAUCACAAAUUAUAUGACAAUUGGUGUUUUGAGGUAACAAAUGUUUUCUUCAUAAUUUCUCUCAAUGAUUAUAACUGUAAAAAUUGAUGGGAAAAUAAUUCUUGGUAUUACAAUCUCUAAGAUUAUUGUAACUUGCAGAAUUCCACCAACUGCAUUUUAAAAUAGCAACAUUACUGUGUACUGAUCCCAUUUUUAUGUAAAAUUUAAUGAAGCCUUUAGUAUCCAAAAUUAUUUCAGUACAGAACAAAAUAGACUAAAACAAAAAUUAGUUAAUUUAGUUAAUUAUUAGUUAUGCCAAGAAUAAAAAUAUCUACUUUAUGUAAAUAUCAACAAGUUAACCCCUGGGCUUCGAGCUAUGGUCGGCACCCCCCCCACCCCCCUAACAGGUAUAUUCAGUAACAUAUAAAAACAAAUAAAAGCAAUUCUAGUUUUACAAACUGGCCAUACAUAAUUUAAACAGGAAUUAAAUAAAUGUCUUUACCACAGGUUGGCAACACCAGGGCUAGUAAUAGUCGAGAAUGUUGGUGAUGUGUGUGACGCCGUAAUAAUGAGAUAAACAACAUUAAUUUGAAGGCAGUAUGAGGUACAGGACACUUAUUUUACCGUUAUUACUAUUAACAAUAUUUAUUACCAAUCCAUUAAUUGAUCAUAAUACUGGAUAAGUGCUUGGGGAUAGAAAUGGUGAAGCAAGUCGAGUCCAAGGGCAAGAUGCCUAUACCACAAAAGCUGAAUAGGGACUGUGAGGCUCUCAUGUGUGAGCGAGAGAUAAAUAGAGUACCUACUUGGCUAAGUAAUCUAGCCAGGUCCGCCCUUUUUAUUCAAAUAGGCUCUCAAAAGAUCAAAACGCCAUGCGACGUGACCCAAAGCCCAGGGGUUAAAGGUAUACUGUACUUCAUUUUUAGUUCAGGACAAGUAAACAUUGUCGUACUUUACAUUUCAUAUCAUUUCAAGGUGCAAUGUGUUGGUACUGAUACACAACCCCAUCUUCUAUCACCAGGAAAUACUGCUUUUGUAAUACUGUAUACAGUACUGUAUAUAUGUAUAUAUUUAUACGUACAUAUAUUGUCCAAGCAAAUUUUUAUUCUGUAUAAAAUUUUGUUUUGUUUUAUGUUACUGUUGUUGAAUAGUUACAAUGAUACAGUAGACGUUCAUGUGUGUUCAACAUCUUAAGUCAUGGCUACAAGGUUUGCAGUCUUUGAUACCUGUACCAUUAUUUAAAAAAUGUCCUUAAAUUUCAUCUAGUGACAACAGAAGAAUACUGUAUCUGUACAACAGUUUAAAGUUAUGCCUCAAAAUUUCGAGCAACAGCAAAGGUUAGAUUUGUUUCUUGUGUGAACAAACUUAUUUUCCAUAA